AUGGAGCGCCCAGCCAAAAGAGCCAGGGUCUCACCAGACUCGGCUAAAAGAAACGAUUCCCUACCGGAUCGAGUCUCUACGCCUCUGGCUUCCCUGCAUCGGUCUAUCACACCGCCAUCCAGGGCUCGCUCACAAACACGAGCUGCCUCCAAUUCAUCGUGUCCCGACAUGAAUAGCAACCAGGUUGAGGGCGACAAGUCCGAGUCCACUACCAAAAGAUCACACCGUCUUAUCUCAUCUCCUGUCCAGCUCACAAAGAUUCGGGACUUUCCAGAGCAGAAAGGGUACAAUGUUGACACAGUCAAGCUACGCGACAUCCUCGGAGAUCCUAUGAUCAGAGAAUGUUGGCAAUUCAACUACCUUUUUGAUGUUGAUUUUCUCAUGUCCCAUUUCGACGAGGAUGUCCGCGGUCUGGUGAAGGUCAAAGUGGUGCACGGAUCUUGGGAGCGGGAGUCUGCGAAUCGGAUCAGAGUGGAGGAAGCAUGUUCACGAUAUCCAAAUGUCGAGCCUAUCAUCGCAUACAUGCCUGAGCGAUUCGGCACGCAUCAUUCGAAAAUGAUGAUUCUUCUACGACAUGACCAUCUAGCCCAAGUCGUGAUCCAUACGGCAAACAUGAUCCAUGGAGACUGGACCAACAUGACCCAAGCAGUAUGGCGAUCUCCAUUGCUUCCAUUUCAAAAGUCCGGAACCUCAGCAACAGCGUCUAUGAAGCCAGAAUUCGCUACUGGUGCACGCUUCAAGAGAGACCUGCUGUCCUACCUCAAAGCGUACGGUGCAAAGAAAACAGGAUCGCUGGUUCAGGAACUCAAUCGGUUUGAUUUCGACUCGGUUCGUGCAGCGCUUAUCGCGAGUACCCCUUCCAAGCAGGUGUUCAACGAUCUUGAUUCCGACAAAUCUACCUUAUGGGGAUGGCCAGCAUUGAGAGAUCUCAUGGGGCAUGUCCCAAUUCAAGGCAAGCCCAAGAGAGGCAAUCAACAUCCCAGUUUGCAACCGCAUAUUGCUAUACAGAUCUCCUCAAUCGCCUCCCUCGGCCAAACAGACAAAUGGCUUAGAGAGGUAUUUUUCAAAGCACUCGCUCCAAAACCGACGCCCUCGCAGCCUAAAUACUCCAUCCUAUUCCCGACACCCGACGAGAUUCGCCGCUCGCUAGAGGGGUAUGGCUCGGGCGGCUCAAUUCACAUGAAGAUACAGAGUGCACCACAGCAAAAACAACUGCAAUAUAUGCGGCCAUAUCUCUGUCACUGGGCGGGGGAUGGGCUAUCUGCAUCCAACUGUAUUGAUCUAUCGGAAGAAACCCCUCGCAAGCGAGAAGCAGGUCGGGCUCGUGCAGCGCCUCACAUCAAGACGUAUAUUCGGUAUACCGAUACAGAGACUAUGGACAGCAUUGAUUGGGCGAUGGUCACGUCUGCGAAUUUAUCCACGCAAGCCUGGGGUGCGGCAGUCAAUCAGAGUGGCGAGGUGCGGAUCUCGAGCUAUGAGAUUGGUGUUGUGGUUUGGCCGGAGCUAUUUCUGGAUGAGAACACCACCGAGUCAAAGGAGACAGGAUCUGCAACUGCACGGAUGGUACCUUGCUUUAAACGCGACCAACCCGCUAUUGCUCAAGCGGAAAAUGUAUCCGAGGAUGGGGCUGUGACCGUGGUUGGCUUCCGCAUGCCGUAUGACCUCCCACUGACGCCGUACAGCGCCUCGGAUGUGCCGUGGUGCGCAUCCGCAUCGCACCCCACGCCAGACUGGCGCGGACAAACCUGGAUCGACUGA